UGGUAAAGAUGGUGGCCAGCGCUCGGGUACAGAAACUGCUCCGACGCUACAAACUCGCGAUCGCCGCCGCGUUGACCAUCCUCCUGGUACAGGGUCUGGUGGUAUGGAGCCUGCGGAGCCUGGAGGAGGGCGAGGCCGAGAAGAAAUCACGACGGUCUAAGUUGCCCGAUCACAACAGCCAGGACCCCAAGAGAGACCCCGCACUUUGGGAGAAACAAAACUCUCUGUCGGGGAGGAACAAGGGCCGAUGGAGCGCCAGGUUGGAGAGGACCGGGGGCACGGCAGCCAGCGCGCUGAGGAGAGGAACCAGCCGGCGAGGAGGGAAGCCCAGCAUCAAGCAGAAGUCUCCCCAGGAGCGGGUGAUGACGGGCGCUGGAAUGGACGGUGUCAUCGCCCCUGACCUGUCAAGCAGCCGCAACUUUAGCGAGACCCGCGGAGGCACGGACGGGGCGGCUAAGCUACCUGCCGCCGCCGCCGCCAUUCCAGGGGAGCCGGGCAGUGUGGACGGCGCUCACCAAGCCCCCAGCAGUGACUUUGUGCCUAAGUGUGACAUCACAGGCAAGGACGCCCUCUCCGCCCUCCAUCGCGCCGGGUCGCAGCAGUGCCGACAGGAGAUCGCCAACAUCGUGUGCCAGCAUCACGCUGGUCUGCUCAUGCCAAACGCCCUUCCUCAGUUCUGCCCCCAGCUCGGCAUAAUAAAUCCGGUUCAGGCCGUUGGCGAGCUGGACAACAGCCUGUCCAAAGUGGAGAACCCCAUCAGGGUGGCUUUUGUUCUGAUGGUCCACGGCCGAGCCGUACGGCAGCUCAAGCGUCUCAUCAAAGCCAUUUACCACCGUGACCACUUCUACUACAUCCAUGUAGACAAGCGGUCCGGCUACUUGCACCGCGAGGUCCUGCAGAUCGCCCAGCAGUUCCCGAAUGUGCGGGCCACGCCCUGGAGGAUGAUCACCAUCUGGGGGGGUGCCAGCCUCCUGAAGGCUUACCUACGCAGCAUGCAGGACCUGCUCUCCAUGAUGGACUGGAAAUGGGAUUUUUUCGUCAAUCUCAGCGCCACAGACUUCCCCACCAGGACCAAUGAUGAACUGGUGGCUUUCCUGUCGCAGCACAGAGACAAGAACUUCCUCAAGUCCCACGGGAGAGAGAAUGCACGGUUCAUUAAAAAGCAGGGCCUGGACCGCCUCUUCCACGAGUGUGACAACCACAUGUGGCGCCUCGGGGAGCGCAGCAUUCCAGAAGGCCUGGAGGUCUCAGGUGGCUCUGAUUGGUUUGCGCUCACCCGCCGCUUUGUGGAGUAUGUCAUCAACUCCCAGGAUGACCUGGUUACCGGGCUGAAGCAGUUCUAUUCCUACGCCCUGCUCCCCGCUGAGUCUUUCUUCCACACGGUGCUGGGGAACAGCCACAUGUGUGACAGCCUGGUGGACAACAACCUGCGGGUCACCAACUGGAAUCGUAAGCUUGGCUGUAAAUGUCAGUACAAGCACAUUGUGGACUGGUGUGGCUGCUCGCCCAAUGAUUUCAAACCGCAAGACCUCAUCCGGAUACAGCAACUCACCCGUCCCACAUUCUUUGCCCGUAAAUUUGAGUCGUCGGUGAACCAGGAGGCCAUAGACAUCCUGGACACUCACCUCUACGGCCAGUAUGCUCCGGGAACCAUCGCCAUCAAGGCGUACUGGGAGAGCGUGUUCGAGCAGUCGGACAGCGUGGGCUCUCUCAGGGACGUGGCGCUCACUGCUUAUACUUCUUUCUUUCGCCUGGGUCUGAAGAAUCUGGCCACGGCUCAGAGCAACGUGGAGUCCUGCAGGUUUGAACCAGUAGGCUACCCUCUAUCGGUGCACGUGUACUUCUAUGACGACCGUUUCCAAGGCUACGUGGUGCGUCAGGAAGCCCAGGCUGUGGGGUCAAAGGUCAGGGAGACGCUGGAGAUGUGGGCAGUGCCGCAGGCCUCGUUCGUUCUCGAGAAGAACCUGAAGGAGUUUGAAAGGCUGAAGAAUAUGGAAAUCGGCACAGAGUGGGAUCCCAAAGAGAGAAUCUUCCGUAACUUCGGGGGGGUGAUCGGACCUCUGGACGAGCCGCUGGCCGUCCAGAAUUGGGCGCGUGGUCCCAACCUCACGGCCACCAUCGUGUGGCUCGACCCGGCGCUGGUGGUGGCGGCGUCGUACGACAUCACAGUGGACGUGGAUGCAGAGUACACCCAGUACAAGCCGCCGCUGCAGCGCCCCCUGCGGCCCGGGACCUGGACAGUGCGGGUGUUAAAGCAAUGGGAGCGCGUGGCAGAAGUUCGCUUCCUUGUCAUGCCGCUGACCUUCAAAGAUAAGGAGCCAAUACGCAAAGAAGAGGACAGCUGGCUCCAUGCAGGUCCUCCUGGGAACAUGUACAUGGAGCAGAGUUUCCAGCAGCUGAGCUCCAUGCUGAAGCUGCCCCCCCAGGAGCCUGCCAUGCGGGAGGCCCAGCGUAAAGCCCAGCUCGUGGGUCUGCCCCUUGAAGAGUGGCUGGACAGUGGUGUGAGGACCUUCUGGGUUAUGGGACACCUGUGCACCACACAGACUUCCUCCUGCCCGGCACUGGGACCUUGCUCCAAAACCUCCUGGAGCUCUCUGUCCCCGGACCCCAAGUCGGAACUGGGCCCUGUCAAAAGUGACGGGCGUAUCAGGUAGCCCCAAGAUGGGAGAGACUGUAGACUGGAACAGGAAGAAAGAGGGAGAGCUGGACCUACACUAGGGAGAUCCAGGAGAACCUGUGUGAUCCGGGUUUUGCCCCCAAGGUCGGCUCAGAGCUCUGGGGCACAUGAACAACCACGAGAAAACUUUCUGCACUGAGGAGUCGGGACCUUCUUAGUGAAGUGGUAAUGCACACGAGAAGAGGAGGAUAUGACUGCUGGAUAUUUGCACAUAGAAGAUCGCAAGAUUAGACUUGGGUCAUUGUUUGCUGAACGGUUACAUGGAUGCACACAGGUUUCAGUUUCCGCUGCGUUGAAAGAACCAGGAAGCGGUUGUUGGCUCCGUCAUUUCAAGGGAGAGCAGAAACCUCUGAAUCAUAUUAACGUGCUUGUUUUGAAGCAUUUACCGUGUAAGCAAUUGGAGCAGACAGAUGAAGUGCACUUUACUGUAAGACUACACAGAGGUCACAUGGUUCCAGUGCGAGGAGCAGACGUUUAUAAAGUCACGGUCAUGUCACCUGUUCGAAUCACACAUGACGUCCUGUUGCACAGACACAUCAGUAAAUACAUGACUGUCCCUGGGGUUAGGAAAAGUAAGGAAACAGACAGAGAGCGGAUUCCUUAGGUUUCAAGUCUUCGUUCUAUUUUUAGUUCUGUUUACUGUGACGUAUGAUUUUUCAAACGUGUCAUUUUUCUAUGUGUUUAACUUUUGUUAGUUCCCAGAAAUAACUGUUCAAGUGUUUAGGAGUUUUCCGUUGUUGCGAUAAAAGAAAAGCCACUCCGCUUUGUUUUCGUGGUCAAAGCAAGUGACUCGACGGCUGCAGCAGAUAGUGAGGCUGCAUUCAAAAAUCACCCUCAGAUAAAGUUGAUUAAACAAUCACUGAGAAGAUGCUCGGUUUCACGUCAGCUGGUUUUCAAAACAACAGAGGAAAGUGGAGCCCGAGUUGAGAUUGUUUAGUUUAAUGAUGUGACAAUGCUCAAAUCUUCUGAAGUCAUUUAGAGCUGCAACGAGUUGUCGAUUAUUCGGUUUGUCUGUUGAUUGAUCAGUUUAUCUUUAUACAAGAAAAAACAAACAUUUACCAGUUUAAUGUGAGAAUCUUGCAUCACUGUAGAUUUGAUAUUUGCUUGGACAAAAUAAUCUCAGACUUUAACCAAUGAUUAAUCAGUCAAUUAUGAAAAUAACUGCAUAUUAACCAUUCAUUUUAAAUAGCCCUAUGUUGCAGGUUAAAUACGAUUAGUUUUUUACCAAAUCAAAGUCAGUUUAACGAAGGGAGGAGAGACGAAACUGAAAAGCAAAAGGAAACGUUUGACAUUUUGGGAAAUACCUUUUCUUUCUGAGAGUUAAUUCAAAUGAGAAUAUUUAUAACCAGCCUCAUGUUUACACACUACAUACACAGCCACUGCCUGCUUUGUGUUUCCCAACAUGUCACAACUUUCCUUUUUUAAAUGCAAGAUUUUUAAACCUGGUUGGACGUGUACGUUUUACCUUCGUUAUAUAUCAGUUUAAAAAUGCAGUAUUGUCCCUGGUGUGCUCUGUUUACCUCACUGGUUCUUUCAUUCCCAUUUCAUUUCUAAAGGUGCGUUUCAUUUAAACUUUUUAAGUCCUCCAAUCAAACGAUGGUAAACGGUACACUGUAUGUUUUUUAAAAGUUUUUAUUUUAGCGUGAUCAAGAGAAUCUAAGCUGCCUUUACUUAGCUGAGAAGACGAAUGGUUUAUACGGGAGAGUAGUUUCCAGAGAUGUGCAAUUAACGCCUUUCCAGAGGAUAGUGAAGCCCCCUGUCUGUGUCUUAGUUUGCAUUAGUGGUAGUUGGCCACCAUAUGAGUUUUCAAGUGACCUUGUUUACCUUGCACAGGACAGCUGCUUCGGUGAGACCCCAGUUCUAUUGAGACGAGCGAGCAGAGUCAUCGGCGUAGCAGAUUUUAUUUUUCUACACAUUUUACGAGAAAAGUGUCUGUUAAACCAUUAAAAACUGCUGACUACUUAUGUUGUAUUUGACGGUCCACGUGUUCAGUGACAUUUUUAUUCAUUUUUCUGUUUGGAGGAGGAGGAGGAGGAGGGUGGGAUGUUGAGGUUUUCAUCCGUGCUGCUGUGAUGAAGAGCAGAGGUCCGGAGGCUGCUGAGUCACGGUUGGCGCCGUGGCUCUUCCGCCUCUGGACAAGCUCACAAGUUAGACGUCCUGACUGAUGACUCAAUAAAAACAACAUUUAUAUGAA